AUGAUUCAUCCCACACAUUUCUACCUCGUGAAAGAAGUUGUUUCCGACGCCAUGUUAUUUAAAUUCUAUGCUCUUGGGGCAUUUGCCCUUGUGCCUGCAAUUAGUGCUCUCCCCCUGACCGAGCAUCCUGAUGCACUUUCGCGCUCCACCGAUGUGGCUGUCAAUCAUUACUGGAACCCAAAGCAUGACGACAAGCACGGCUGGAACAACAAGCACGGCGAUAAGCGCGACUGGGAUCCCAAGUACGCCGAUAAGAAUGACGGCAAGAACGACGACGAGUACGCCGGCAAGUACGACGACAAGAACGAUGGCAAUCAUGACGACAAGAACGACGGCAAGUACGACGACAAGUACGCCGGCAAGCAUGACGACAAGAACGAUGGCAAUCAUGACGACAAGAACGACGGCAAGUACGACGACAAGUACGCCGGCAAGCAUGACGACAAGAACGACGGCAAGCACGACGACAAGUACGACGACAAGUACGCCGGCAAGCAUGACGACAAGAACGACGGCAAGCACGACGACAAGAACGACGGCAAGUACGACGACAAGAACGACGACAAGAACGACGACAAGUACGACUAA